AUGGCACAGGCGCUAAAAGUGUAUGCUCGUCGGCUUCCAGAUGCAGAUUUUGCAGCGCUGCGAGAGGAGGCGCUGUUGUUGGACUCUGAAUAUGGCAGCUCUGCAUCAGAGGUAACGUGCUCCAUUGUCAAUAAUAAGUCUAGUUUUUCAAAGGAACCAUAUUCGGACUGGAAGGAGACCCUCAAGCGUGACAUAAUGGAGGAAGUGAAGGCUGAGAUGAAGGGAUUGGCACAGGAACUAAUAAGGGAGCUCAAACCUCACUUGUCACCGGUUGCAACCGCCGCAGAGCCGCCAGUAACACCCCGGAGCUACUACCGAUCACCCCCACGCAACCAACGGGAUGAACGAGUCGAAGGGACACAGAUUCCUGGACGUGGAGUAGUGAUUGUAAGAGAUGAGGAUUGUACACAUCCCCUUAUUGUUGGAAUGAAUGUUGUGAUGGCUUGUUGGGAUGCAUUCUUUAAAUGGCCCGGAAAGUCUGCCCUUCCUCCACAGAAACUUGGGAAGCCCUGGCGAGAUGCCUUCGCCACCUGUCGCCGCGUUGAAGCUACUGUAGCUGAGGAUGGGUUCCUAGGGCACGUGCGGCUGUCUGGUGGGCGGGCCUUCACUGUCCCUCCUAACAGCGAGCUGCUUGUGUGGGGUAAAACCCGGAUGGGCCCUGACGGCGCAGACUACUGUGCCCUGGUCGAGGCACUGCCGAAUGCUGGCGAAGUGGGUGUGGCCCGAACCAUCGGAGUGGUAAGAAACGGCAGAAUCCCAAUACGUGUCUGUAACCCACAUCCUUACAGCUGGACAAUAGGCCGCUAUCAGAAACUUGGACGCCUUUACCAAAUUGAUUCUGCUGAUGUGCACGGUCCUGACGAUGUGAGCCUGUCUCUGGAGGAAGAUGGGGUGGUUGAAGUGGCCCUGGUCCACACCACAUCUGACCCUGGACAACAUGGCCUCCCCGAGGAGGUGAGAAACCUAUCUAACCGAACUGACUUGUCUGAGCAGCAGCAGGAAGAGCUUGGUGCGCUUUUGCAAAAAUGGGAGAAGGUCUUCGCAAAGCACGAUGAGGACUUCGGCCGGACCAACGCAGUACAACAUCGCAUCCACACGGGUGAUUCUGCGCCUACCAGAGAAAGGUACAGACCGCUUCCACCCUCGCUCUACAAAGAGGUGAAGUCCCUGUUAGCAGGGCAUCUGUUUGUCAUGGAGGUGACAGUUCACACUCUGGCCGAGGCAUUUCACCUGCCUCAGCAAGAGGCAAUUGAAAAAUUCAUAAAGGGGCCAAAGUAUGAACCAUGUGAGUUUAAAAUGAUUGCAAAUGAUCUGACGUCCCUGGCCAUGUUCAGGAGUCAGACCUUCUCCGUGAGGCGGCGCUUCAGUGACUUCCUGGGUCUGUACGAGAAGCUGUCGGUGAAACAGUGUCUGCAGGGCUGCAUCAUCCCCCCCCCGCCCGAGAAGAGCGUCAUGGGAAUGACCAAGGUGAAGGUGGGGAUGGACGAUCCGUCGUCUGUGGAGUUUGUGGAGAGGAGGAGAGCAGCUCUGGAGAGGUACCUCCAGAGAAUAGUGAGCCACCCCACGCUGCUGCAGGACCCUGAUGUGAGAGAGUUCCUGGAGAGAGAAGAGCUGCCCAGAGCCGUGAACACUCAGGCCCUCAGUGGAGCAGGAUUCCUCAAAAUGAUCAACAAAGCUUCAGACGCAGUCAACAAGAUGACCAUCAAGAUGAACGAGGCCGACACCUGGUUUGAAGACAAGUUCCAGGAGGUGGAGAACGAGGAGCAGCAGCUGAGGAAGCUCAGUGCUGUAGUGGACUCUCUGGUCAAUCACCGCAAAGAGCUCUGCAUGAACACGGCGCUGUUUGCUAAGAGCAUGGCGAUGUUGGGGAACUCUGAGGACAACACGGCGCUGUCGCGGGCGCUGUCUCAGCUCGCCGAGGUCGAGGACAAGAUGGAGGCGCUGCACCAGGAGCAGGCCGCCAACGACUUCUUUGUCCUGGGGGAGCUGCUUUGUGACUACAUCCGCCUGGUGGGGGCCGUGAGGGUAAGGACUACUGUGGGGGGGGGGGGGUGA